GCGUAACGUUAAUAGGCUGCUGGUAUUCUAUAUAAAGCGGGAUUGUCCUUCAUUUCCAUUAUGCAAUUGCUCUUUGAACAGCCUACUUCACCGCAUUGUUAGCACCUAAACAUGAAGGUUAUCAUUUUGUCCACUUUGAUUGCUGUUGUUAUUGGAACACCACCUUAUCAACCCAAUAAUGGCUACUCAAGUUACAAUUAUGAUGUGAAUUACUAUGCCCCUGCUUACCCAGCUUAUAACUAUGGAUACCAUGUCAAAGAUCCUUAUACCUAUAGUGAAUUUGGUCAUGAGGAAACAAGGAAAGGGGAUAACACCAAAGGGCAAUAUCAGGUUCUUCUACCUGAUGGCCGCCGACAGGUUGUGACUUAUUAUGUAAAUGGAAAAUCUGGCUUUGUUGCUGAUGUGAAGUACAUAGGUGAUGCCAAAUAUUCCGACAAACCAAGUCCAUAUCGACAAUAUUAACUUAACAUGCUGAAUGCUUAAUUUAGUGUGGCAAAUAUACUGAAAUUACUUAUUA